AUGCGUGCAGAGUUGCGCUGUCUGCGCCCCUUCAUCUCCAAGAACCUCGGCCCAUUCCGUUUCCAAAAAGCCCUUAAGGUUCGUGCAGCGUGUCGCUGCCUACGUCCCGUCAUCUUCUCCACAUAUCUGGGCCCGUUCCGUCUCCAAAAAGUCGUUAAAAUUCGUGCAGCGUGUCGUUGCCUACGUCCCGUCAUCUUCUCCACAUAUCUGGGCCCGUUCCGUCUCCAAAAAGUCGUUAAAAUUCGUGCAGCGUGUCGUUGCCUACGUCCCGUCAUCUUCUCCACAUAUCUCGGCCCAUUCCGUCUCCAAAAAGCCGUCAAAACACGUCCAGCGUUGCGCCGCCUACGUCCCGUCAUCUUCUCCACAUAUCUCGGCCCAUCCCGUCUCCAAAAAGCUGUUAAAAUACGUGCAGAGUGGCGUUGCCUACGUCCCGUCAUCUUCUCCACAUAUCCCGGCCCAUUUAUUUUCCAAAAAGCAGUCAAAAUAUGCGCAGCGUUAA